AUGUCGAUGGCAAUGGGCAUGGCGCGCGUCUUCGGAUGCAGCGCCGCAAUGACAGCGCGCGUGGGGACUGCGACCGAGGAAGUGUACACACUUUCGCGUCGCUGGGCUAGUAAGAAGGCUGGCGGUUCCACCAAGAACGGCCGCGACUCGGAGUCCAAGCGCUUGGGCGUCAAGAAGUUCGGCGGUCAGAGCGUCCUGGCCGGCAACAUCAUCAUUCGUCAGCGCGGCACUAAAUACCACGCGGGAACGGGUGUCGGUCUCGGCAAGGACCACACCAUCUUCGCCAAACGCGACGGCUUUGUGCGCUUCUGGUACAACGUACCCAAGAAACGUCAGGAGGUGUCGGUCAAGGCCACACGUGAGGUGCAGCGCGCGGUGGCCAUGGGCAGCGCGUAGAGGACAGAAGGAGGAUAAGAAAUAGACAGACGGUGGAAUUUUAACAGUGCUGAGAAGUUCUUCGACUGUACUGAUAACAAGC